AUGGAGGAGAUCUCGGCACCGCCCGUCUACACCUCAGCGGAAGAGCUUGUACAGUUGCAAACAAGCACACCACACUCGUUCAGCGACGUUGCUCCGCUGUUGCAUCUUCACCUUGCGCAGACGACCGUGUAUGUCAGCCCGUCACCUUCUUCACGGCCAUCGUGCUUUGAGCAGCUAAACCCGGCGUCAACAAGUGGCGCUGGAGGGAAAAAUAGUGCAGAAGACGACGACGACCAGCAGGAGCAAGUUGAGGUGUUCAAAGCCUGUGGACAGCUGUGGCUCACCGAACAAUACAUCACCUUUCUCUCAUCCGAGUCUGGCACAGGUUUCCGUCUGGGCUACCCUAAUGUUGCGCUUCAUGCCGUCACGAGGUCUCCUCCACCCUUUCUUGCGCAACCAACUGUGACAACGCAGAACGUUGCCUCUUCCUCCUCCUCGGCUGCUGCACAGCACUUCCAUGGCUGCAUCUACUGUCAGCUCGACUUGAGCCCUAAUGCUGGCACUGGCGAGAUGGGUACCGACGACGACGAGGACGAAUACAAGCUCGUCGAAAUGUACCUCUGCACACCAGAUAGUAGCUCCCUCGAUCAGUUGUUUGAAUCGCUUUCUCAUUGCGCUUCGCUACAUCCCUCGGGCCCCGUCGAGAAUGAGGGUGACCAUCCUUUCUCUGGCUUUGCUCCCUUUGGCACAAGCGGCUCUGGCAUGCAGCUUGGAAACGGUAACGACUACGAUGACAACGAUGACGACGAUGCUGAAGAAGCUUUCGACGACGCAGAAGGUCAAACCGAUGAACAAGAGCUCAGCGAGACCGGAAGGGUGAGAGCCGACUUCCAGACCCCAGAUUCACGCUACCGUCCCUACUGA